AUGCUGCUGGGCCCCUGGCUGCUGGCGGCGGCGGCGGCGGUGGCGGCGGCGGGCGCGGGCUGCCCGGUGCUGUGCAGCUGCCGCGGGCAGGCGGUGGACUGCAGCGGGCAGCGCCUCUUCUCCGUGCCCCCCGAGCUGCCGCUGGACACGGGUAACCUGAGCCUGGCCCACAACCGCAUCGCCAGCAUCCCGCCGGGCUACCUGGGCUGCUACGGGCAGCUGCGUGCCCUCGACCUGCGCAACAACUCGCUGGCGGCUCUGCCGGCCGGGCUGUUCCGCGGCGCCCGGCGCCUGGCGCACCUGGACCUCAGCUACAACAACUUCAGCCUGGUGCCCGCCGACAUGUUCCGCGAGGCCAGCGCGCUGCUGCGCCUCGACCUGAGCCACAACCCGGGGCUGCGCCGCGUCCACCCCCAGGCCUUCCGCGGCCUGGCCCAGCUGCGCGAGCUGGACCUCAGCUACGGCGGCCUGGCCGCCCUCAGCCUCGACGCCCUGGAGGGGCUGCCCGGCCUCGUGGGGCUGCGCCUGGGGGGCAACCCCUGGCUCUGCGGCUGUGCCAUGGAGCCCCUCCUCAAGUGGCUGCGGGGACGCAUCCAGCGCUGCUCCUCGGAUUCGCAGCAGGCCGAGUGCUGGGCUCCCCCCGAGGUGGCCGGAGCCCCGCUGCUGUCGCUGACGGAGGAGAGCUUCCAGGCCUGCCACCUCACGCUGACCCUCGAUGACUAUCUCUUCAUCGCCUUCGUCGGCUUCGUCGUCUCCAUCGCCUCGGUGGCCACCAACUUCCUGCUGGGCAUCACGGCCAACUGCUGCCACCGCUGGAGCAAGGCCAGCGAGGACGAGGAUGUUUAG